AUGAAAGAAUGGAAAAGUACAAUUUUAUCUCGUUUGAAGCAAAGAAAUAUUUCUCAAAGUGAAAAGUAUCAAGAUAUAUUAUUAUCAUAUAAUUCUUUAGUUGAAGAAAAAAAUAAAUUAUUGGCAAUUAUAGCAUCUUUAUCUUCAGAUAAUAUUUAUUUACUAAAUAAUAAAAACUUUAGCUUGGCACAUGAAAGCAGUGUAUUAAAUGAAAAUGAUUCAAAAAAUAACUUUUUAAACAACAAAAGUAAAGAUAGCAUUGAUUCAUUGAUUAAUUCAGAAAAUAACAUAAUAAGAUGUAAAAACGUAGAUAAUUAUCUAAAUUUUGUAUCAAAAAAGGAAUUUUUGGAAAUUAUUAUAGAAAAAGGAAAAAAUGAAGAACUCAUUCUUCUCCUUAAAAGUAGUCUAAGCGAAAAAGAAAAACUUUUAAAUAUACUAAAUAAAGAAAAUGAACUACUGAUUAAUACUAUUUCUAAAAGAGAAGAAGAGUUUUUAAAAAAAAAAAGAGAAGUUUUUAAGUUAAAUGAAAUUGUUAAUAAAAAUAAUCUUGAAAUAAAAUUUUACUCCACGAGUUGUAAAAGUAUGAAGCAUAAAAUGCAUUUACUUCAAAAAAAAAAUACAAAACUAUUAAGAGAAUAUGAAAAUCUUAAAUUUACCUACUUAAAAUUAUUAAGACAAAAUCAUGAAAUAAAAAAUUAUAAAAAAACUAUAGAUAAGGAAUAUUUUGAUCUAAGAAAUGAAAUGUUUAAAAAAAAAUUAGAAAAUGAAAAUUUACUAAAAUAUUUAUUAAAAUGCAAAAGGAAUCACAAAAAUCAAUUAAAAAAACUAGAGAAAAUGUGCUCACACAUGGCAAAUAACGUUUGGAGAUCUAAAUAUAUUUUUUUUAAAAAAAAAAAAUUACGUGUUUGCUUAUAUUUAAGUAAAUUGAAUAAUCUACAUAAUAUAAAAAGGUAUUUGACAAAAGCAACGUUAAAUUAUGAUGACUUUGUAUUAUAUAAAAAUAAUUAUUACAAAAAUAAAAUAAAACAUGAUAUUAUAGGACAAAAUAUGACUAAAAAAUUAAACAGCAGGAAAAUUAAGAAGACUAAUCAAUCUUUUCAAAUAAUAAAUAACUAUUAUAAUAACUCUAGUAACUUGGAAGAUAAAGUAUAUAUAAAACAUUAUAAUUCUGAUAGUAGCUACUUUAAAAGUAAAAAUUAUAGUAUUUCAUUAAAUGAAGAAAAUAUUUAUAAAAAUAAUGAAACCUUUCAAAAAAUAAAAAGCUUUCUAAAUGUUCAUCCUAGUGGUAUAUUAUGUUUUAGUAUCUCUUCUAGGUAUUCUUCCAAUUAUAAUGCAAUGAAGGAAUAUAUAAAUACAAAAAAAAAGAAAAAGUUAAGAAGACAAAGCCUUAAUAUAUAUAAUAAAAUUAAAAAUUUAAGAUCAUUAAAUAAUACAAGCAAUUGUAUUAAAAAUGAAGACAUAAAUUUUUUUAUAAGUAAUAAAAAUUUUUUUAAAAAUCAUAAUCAACCUGAAUCUGAUAAUAUGAUUGUUACUUGUGGAAGGGAUGGAAAAAUAGCAUUUAUUAACAUAGAGGACAACCAAUUAAAGUGUACUAAAAUUUUUUAUAUAUUAGAUAGCAAAAUACCAGCAAACAAUAUAAGUAUACAUCCCUCACAAAUUCAUACUUUAUUAGCUAUGGAAGAUAAUACUAUGUGCUUAAUAAAUAACAAAAAAAAUAAAGUAGAGUAUAUGUAUUAUGAUCACAAAGAAAAAAUAACAUCAAUUAAUUUUUUAUGUAAUUAUAAUCAUUCUGAUAAAUCAGUAUUUUCUAAAGAAGCAAAAAAUUCUCUAUUUUAUUCUACAAGUUUAGACAAAACAAUAAAGAUAUGGGAUAUGGAAAAAAAUAUAUGUGUUAGUAUUAUUAAUGUAGAUGAUUCCAUCACAUCUUCAUCUGUUUCUACUUGUGGUAGUCAUUUAUUAAUUGGUACGCAAAAUGGAUCUGUUAUAUGUUACGAUUUGAGAAUAAAUAAUAAAAAUGUUAUUAAUUCUAUAUUAUAUAAUAAACAUAUGUUUAGUGAGCAAAUAUAUGGUUUAAAUUAUUCUCCAGAUGAUAAGUUAAUAGCAAUACAAGCAAUUAAUGGUAACAUGAAGUUAUUAAAUACAAAUAAAAUAGAUUUAUUACACAUUUUUGAAACUCCAUAUUACAUCGAAAACCCAAUUCCAAAAUCUCCUCCAAUUUUUUCAAGAGAUGGCAAAAAACUUAUGUGUUCAUAUGCUUAUAAUAUGAUUUCUUAUGAUAUCUUAAAUUAUUCUUAUUUCAAUAUUUUAAAUAAUGAGUUGGAUGAAAUAACUGGAACAAAUUGGAAUUUAAAUGAUAAAUUAUUAACCAUUCAUAAAGAUGGAAAUAUAGCUAUAUGGUAA